CAGGUUUGUGACCAAUAAUGUAUGGGAUAGUAAUCUAUAAACAAUAAAACCUCACAGUAGUUGGCUGUUUUUAAUCUUCUCUGGCCGCUCUUAAUUUGGGCAAAGUGGCUGUACGUUUAAAGAGAUGUGUUCAGGUCCAUGAAAAACAUCCUUUUUCAAAUUAGGUUUUAUCAGUCCUCAGAUUUCUCAAGGAGCAGCGAAGGAUAAUCUGAACAGAGAGGGAGGGGAGGACAAAAUUCCUCAGCUAUUUCUUCAGCUCCUUCCCACUUUCACGAACCUAACCUGGCACCCUGGAGGCUCGGAGCCCCGCCCAUUUCAUCUCAGCCCUAACAAUUCUUCCGCGACGGAUUUCCUCACUAGCCAAUGACGCUCCGUGGCGUCAUUACUUUGCGCCACAGUGGACAAGUCAGAGGCCGCCCCACGUGUACCGUGUUGACUGUCAAUGUCUCUUGGAGCCCAAUUCCCGGAAGCUGUGAGUUCUGCGAGAAGUUCUGCGCUCGGUGCCCCGAGUCUGCGAAUUCCCAACAAUGAACACUACAGGCGUGCUGUCCUUUACCCAGCAAGCCUGGGAGCAGGUGCUGGCCAAAGCGAAACGGGCCGUGGUCUACCUGGACGCCGCCUGCGCGGAAAGCCUGCACUGGGGCUGCGGGUCCUCGCGGUUGCUGGAGGCGGUGGGGAGCCCUGCGUGUUACCUGCGCGAGUUCGAGCCCGCCGCAGUUGGUGGCGGAGCCGAGCAGCCCAAGGCAGUGUUUGUGUUGAGCUCCCUGCUGAAAGGCCGGAUCGUGGAGACCCUGCGGGACAUCAUCUGCCGAAGUCACUUCCAGUACUGUGUGGUGGUCACGGCUGUGAACCACGCAGUCCAUCUUACGGCUAAUCACGUGCCGGCGGCGGCAGCAGCCGAGUUGGAAGGGCAGCAGCCAGUGUUCGAGCAACUGGAGGAGAAGCUGUGUGAGUGGAUGGGCAACAUGAACUACACAGCCGAGGUGCUGCACGUGCCGUUGUUACUCGCCCCGGUAGCUCCCCACCUCGCCCUGACCCCAGCGUUUGCUUCCCUUUUCCCACUGUUACCCCAGGAUGUGCAUAUCCUCAGCAGUGCCCGACCUGACAGGAGGAGGCUGGGAAGCCUGGCUGAGGUGGAUGCCGCUGCCCUGCCCCCCGACCUGCUGCUGCAGAUUCGAUGCCUGGUGUCAGGGCUCAGUGCGCUCUGUGAGCAUUUAGGCGUGCGAGAGGACUGCUUUGCUGUGGGUUCGCUCAGUCGGGUCAUCGCUGCAGAUCUGGCCAACUUUGCUCCUGCCAAGAACAGGAGGAAGACGGCCUCAGGCAGGGCAUCAGUGGUCUUUGUGGACAGAACGCUGGAUCUCACAGGGGCUGUAGGACAUCAUGGAGAUAACUUGGUGGAGAAGAUCCUCGCGGUGCUUCCCCAGCUUCCAGGCCACACCAGUGAUGUGAUGGUUAACAUGGUGGAGCUCACUGCACUCCAGGCUGAGGAGGAGAGUCAGAAUGUGGUUGUACCCGGCUGUCUUGCACAAUCCAAUGACCCUGCAGCCAGAGCCCUGUGGGACGCCUUACUGAACACCAGGCACAAAGAGGCGGUGAUGGAAGUCCGGAGACACCUAGUGGAGGCAGCGAGCAGAGCAAACCUGCCCAUCAAGAUGAGCAUGGGGAGAGUCACUCCGGGGCAGCUCAUGUCCUAUAUUCAGCUCUUCAAGAACAACCGCAAAUCCCUGGGGAAUCACUGUGGGCUCCUACAGCUUGGGCUGGCCACUGUUCAAACUCUGAGACACCCACAGGCGGCCAAGUGGGACAACUUUCUGGCUUUCGAAAGGCUCCUUCUCCAGAGCAUUGGGGAAUCGACAAUGUCUGUUGUAUUACAUCAGCUGCUGCCCAUGAUUAAGCCUUUGAACCAGAGGAGCAAUGAUGACUACAGCCCCGAAGAGCUGCUGGUCCUCCUGCUAUAUAUUUAUUCCGUCAGUGGAGAGUUCUCAGUGGACAAAGACCUGGGUGAAGGUGAAGAAAAAGUGAAGAAAGCGUUGGCUCAGGUCUUUUGUGAGGAGUCUGAAUUGUCACCUUUGCUGCAGAAAAUCACAGGCUGUGACUCUUCAAUUAACCUGACAUUUCACAAAUCCAAAAGUGCUGUGGAUGAACUCUUCACUACGCUUCGGGAUAUUGCUGGAGCUCGGAACCUCAUGAAACAGUUCAAGUCUGUAUAUGUUCCUGGAAAUCAUACCCACCAGGCAUCCUAUAAACCGCUGUUGAAGCAGGUCAUGGAGGAAAUAUUUAAUCCCGAGAGGCCAGAUCCAGUUGACAUUGAACACAUGUCUUCAGGCCUCACUGAUCUCCUUAAAACUGGAUUCAGCAUGUUCAUGAAGGUAAAGUCACUGUGACAAGGUAAUCCUAAGUGUAGUGCUAUCUUUGCUGGGCUUGAAAAUGCUGAUCCCUCCUUAACCCUGAGUAUCACAGAAGAGAAUGUCUAGCCUUUCUGAAAUCAGGUACAAUCUUUAUGUAACUUUUGCUUAUAAGCAGCCUGACCUUCUAGCUUCCCUUAACCUAAGUAUUAUGAUCUUUUCUGAUCAAUAGGUAAGGACAGAGCCCUCCAGGGUAGUGCUACUGAAAGUAUCCCUCCUGGUUCACAUUUUCACUUAACACAAAUCCACAUACAGAUCUUAGUGGUAGUGUUGUGCCCUUAAUUCUAGAGCUUACUGUGUGGGAUAACAAGUAACUCUCCUCAGUCAUACAACCAGCAUCAUCCCACAAUCCAUUUGAAAAUGACUUUUAAUUUGGCUUAACAGACUCCUGGGUGACAAGUACGAGAAUUUCUCUAGCUAAUAUCGAGGCUAAGUCAAAAUUACCAAACCGCCUUUGCAGUGGAGAUGAAAGGAGGAAAAGUACACAAAUGUGAUCUA